GAGGCGGGACCAUGGAGACUGGGCUUCCGGCCCCUCCAGCUUGGGGGCGGGGAGGAAUUGGGAAGGUAGGGUUUGGGGCCCCAUCGUCCCGCAGGCGGCGCGCACUCCCUCCCGCGUCUCCCCUCAGCACCCCCGACCUGGCCCCUAAACUUUGGCGCCCAGCCGACUAACGCCCCUUCGGUGUACCCAACCCCGCUCCAGCAAUCCCCCCCUCAACCCGGGCCAGUCCGCCCCACAUCCCCUGAGGCCGCCGGCCGAGAGAGAGCCCAGGGCGCCUUUUGCACCCGCGCGGCGAUCGCGGGGUGCAGAGGUAACCCCGCAGCGCCCGGCGUGGGGUUCCGCCGAAACGCCGGGUCGACCGCCUGGCAGUGUGGCCCGUAGCCCGCGGCCGAGGGCCGGGAAGCCUCUGCAAGCAGGCCCGGCCCCCCUCCGGAGGAGCGUCAACCACGGUGGGGCUGGUUUCCGAGGUGCUGAGCCCGGUUCGCGAUGUUCGCUUUGUGGUUGAGGUUUCCAGGGGAUGUGGGGGGAACUAGACCGGGAACCUCCUUCCAGCGCGAUUGCCAGCUAGCAGAGUUGCUGCCAGUCGCUGAGAAGCGGCUCGGGGCGGAGAACGGUUUUAGUUAAAGAUAAAGAUGUCUUUCUCCUUUUAACCGUCGCAGCAGAUUACUAGACACUAUUGACCAGAAAUAAAAAAGCCUUUGGAGGCCAUAUCGUCUUCACGAGCACCUUCUUAGAGCCCAUUUCUGUGUUUUGGGAUCGCAAAAGUACCAUUUUCACAUCCAGAGCUAAGAAAACACUGUGACUGUUGGAAAUGAACUUGAAGGAAAUUUUACACCUUGACUAUGCAAAACUCUGCCCUUACACUAGUUUUUUAAAAAUAACUAAAUUCUGCUAUUUAAUUGAUGCCUUUUAAAAAUACUAAAUUAUUCACUUCUUUUGCCUAGGUCUCUGUGUUGGCUAGUUGAAACAAAAAAUAAAUAUGGCCUUCCACAGUUAUAAUUCAUUCUUAGCUAUUUUGUGGACAAGAUUGCCUAGCCAUUUUCUCUAUCCUUCCUGCUCUCACCCCCCAUCGCUUGCAUCCCUCCACUUGCCAGAUUCUCAUUUACGGGUGACCUAUGUGAAAAACUAUGGAAGCAGGAAGUACUCCUAUCCCAGUCUGCCAGGCAACAAAGGUCAUCCUCUACGAACCAGACUCACACAAAAACUACACACGUCGACUCGCUGGCUACAAAAUGUCCCCAAUAAACCUGAACCGGAGCAAAUCCCAGGAAAGCCUAAGCCGACGAUCCCUCAGCCUCCCAAAGAAGCGAAGACAGAGAUUGCAGAAGAAAAGCAAUCUUUUAGACAAAAAAUCAUGGACGAAUUUAAACAUUAUUACAAUGGAUUCUCUUUACUUUGGAUUGACACCAAAGUCGCUGCCAGAAUAGUUUGGAGGCUACUGCAUGGACAGGCACUAACGAGACGAGAGAGGCGAAGGCUGUUGAGAACUUGCGCAGAUGUCUUCCGCUUGGUUCCAUUUAUGGUGUUCAUAAUUGUACCCUUCAUGGAAUUCUUGAUACCAGUGUUUCUGAAGCUCUUCCCAGACAUGUUGCCAUCAACUUUUGAAAGUGAAUCCAAAAAGGAAGAAAAACAGAAAAAGAAGAUGGCUGCAAAAUUGGAAAUAGCAAAAUUCCUUCAGGAGACAAUGACAGAAAUGGCGAGGAGAAACCGAGCCAAGUUGGGAGACGACUCUUCACAGCUUUCCUCCUAUGUAAAACAGGUCCAGACAGGCCACCGGCCCAGCACUAAGGAGAUAGUUCGCUUCUCCAAACUCUUCGAGGACCAGUUAGCCCUGGAACACUUAGAUCGACCCCAGCUGGUUGCCCUGUGCAAGCUGCUGGAAUUGCAGUCCUUUGGAACAAACAAUUUGCUCCGCUUCCAGCUCCUCAUGAUGCUGAAGUCCAUAAAAGCAGAUGACCAAAUAAUUGCCAAAGAAGGGGUGAAGGCUUUGAGUGUGUCAGAGCUACAGGCCGCCUGCCGGGCCCGAGGGAUGAGAUCGCUGGGCCUCACAGAGGAGCAACUGAGGCAGCAGCUCACAGAGUGGCUGGACCUCCACCUGAAGGAGAAUGUCCCCCCCUCUCUUCUGCUCCUGUCUCGAACCUUCUACCUGAUAGACGUGAAGCCAAAGCCUAUUGAGCUGCCACGGAGUAUAGAGGUUCCAAAGACAAACCCUGUCAUGCCGUCAUCUACACCCUGUGAGUCACAAGAAGAUGUUGUCGAUCCUGCACCUCAGCUAAAGGGAACUAAGGAUGAAGAAUUUAUACAGCUGCCCCCAGUACCAUCCUCACUCAUCACACCAUCAGCAACCAUUUCCAAAGAAGCAAUCCUCCAGGCCAAAUCCCAGAAGACCUCCCAGAACAGCAAGGCCAAUUCCAAAGGAGCCUAAGGACCCCUUGAAGAUGGAGCUCACUCUCUCCAGUCACUGUCCCCUCAGCAGUGACAUCCAUGAAGGAAUUCCAGCUAAGACCGUCUGGCUUGAGAUAAAGGGUCAGUCAUUAAGUCGUUGGAGGCCUCGUGACCGUUCCAGAGAUUCGAGCAGUGGCACCACGGUCAGGCCAUUUAGAGAAGCUUAAUUGCAGUCUAUUUCUACUGUAUCGUUGUAGUCCUACUAAACUUUGCAUAAAGCCCACUCCCACGUUGUUUCGGAA